AUGGAGGGUGAAGCUGCGCAAGCAGCGGGGUCCGGGGCCUUCUCCACAGCGGUGCCGUGGAGUCAGAUCCCCAAGUUCGUUCCUGGGGAGACAGACCUCAGGGUCUACACCAGGAAGUUGGAGUUCCUGAAGGAGCUAUGGCCCGCUGAGUACUUGGAGCAGCUGGCACCAAGGGCGGCCUUGUUGGUCGAAGGAGUGGCUUUUCAGAAAAUAUCGAGGCUGGAUCCGGACAAACUCAAGCAGAAAGAGGGCGUGAAGUACUUGGUGGAAGCGCUGGGCGGCCAAUGGGGGCGUCCAGACACAGAAGAGCGCCUGGAUAUGUUUGAGAAAGCACUUUACCUCACAGUGCAGAAGGCUGAUGAAAGUCAUGACUCAUACAUGGCACGUCAUGAUGCAGCCUUCGAAGACCUCUUGAUGAGAAAGGUCACCAUCGAAGAAGUCAGGGCAUACAUCCUGAUCCGGCAGUCCUUGCUUAGCAGUGAAGAUCGCAAGAAGAUCAUCUUUGAGAGUGGUGGGGCAUUAUCGUAUGACCAGGCGAAGAAGAGCAUCAAGCUGCUUGGGUCGAAGUUUUUCUUGGAGCUGCAGAACAACUCCAAGAUGGUGCCCAAACUCAAAACGUAUGAUGUCAAUCAGGUUGAGGACGAGACAGUGAUGUAUCAAGAAGCUGAAGAAGAAGUGGACGAAGAAGUUGCCUUUCAGGUUCUCCUGGAAAAUGGUGACGAAGAUGCCUGCUUUGUCAGUGAGUUUGAGGAUCAGAUCUGUGCAGCCUGUCAAGAGUCUCAAGAACUUGCGGCCUGCUUCGUGAGUUACCAGGAGGCCAGAGCUCGUUUGAGAGACAAGGCCAAAUCCAGAGGCUUUUGGCCAUUGGCAGGAUACAAGGGAAAAGGAAAAGGUCGAAAAGGCAAGCCGUUCAUGGGAGCCAGCAACACCAAGGGUGGCUCUGGUCCGGCAGGAUUUCGUCGAAGAAGCCUUGCAGACCGCAUCGCAAAUUCCACAUGUAGACGAUGUGGCCAGCCAGGACAUUGGAAGAGAGAAUGUCCGAUGUCGUCGAAUCCUGCUGGCAACUCUCUCAUGGCAAAGAAGAACGAUACGGAGUCCUUCACGGGCAUCUCGCAAGUCGAGGGCAAGGGCAACCAAGAUGGCGAACAUGAUAGUGAUCGCAGUGGCUUUGACGUUGUCUAUGAGCUUCCGUGCACUGCGGAGGUCUAUGAUGAGGGCCCACCAGGAGAUAACCUUGUGGUGCAUCCCACAGCAGAAGUUUUUAAUGCAGAGGAGGCCGAUGAUGAAGCCAUCAUCGACACGGGAGCCAGUCGGGCAGUGAUCGGUAGUGAAAGGUUGAAACGUCUUGUGAGGAAUGUGCAGAAACUGGAAACCAAGAUGGUGCCGAGCUACCUGGAUCGGGUUCUGACCACUCCAACAGACCCGUCGUUGCAGACCUCGACACACCACGAGGACUUGCCCGAAGUGCUGAUGCGGCCACCAGGCAUCAACACCCUGACAGAUUGGGGGCGAGUCAAGGCAUCGUCAGGAAAGCAUGCCAGCAAGCCUUUCGCCACCAUCUACGAGGACGACAGAAUGUAUGUGAAGCAGCUAUGGAACAGACGAGGGGUCUCGUCAUGGGUGAGGAGCUUCCAGCUCUACUGUCGCGAGCGGAGGGCAGCCAGUCUGGAAAGACAACGCCUCACACGUGGGGAGGACUCAGUGAAUGUGACUCCUCCGCGUGUCCCGCCGACAGAGCAGACACCCAUUCAACCGAUGGCCAAGAUGUCACCAAAGGCAAUCCCAGGGGCUUACCCAUCUCGUCAGGUGUUGGAAGAGUCCAAUUGGACAAAGGUGGCAGUCGAGACACCAGUGCCCGAGGAGAGCAAGAACAACAAGAGGGGCAUGACGCCACCGAUCAAGCCCAUGGAGAUACCGAUCAAUCACGAGAAGGUGAACCAGAUCCAAGCCCAGAUUGCGAUUCUUCAGCGAGAAUUGCUGAAGACACUGCCCUGGAGAAAGACUGUCAUUGUGGAGCGGAACACAGGCUUUUGCAGCCAAAAAUUCAUUGAGUCGGGCUUCACUCCGGAGCAAUGUCUCCUAGGGAAAUCCCGACAUUUGCCUGGAUCCUUGGUGUCAGACGAUGCAGCAGACAACGACUCCUCCUUCAGGAGGGCACUUCUGAGGCAGAGUCGGCCUGGGAAACUUGAAUAUGAGGCAGGUGACUGGGUCCUCUAUUGGAGGAUCCAAAAGUCCUCUGGCUUAGUCACCUGGGUAGAAUCAUCCGUGCGAGUCCGGAACAAAUUCGACCAGCAUCCCUUCGGGAAUAUGCAAAGCUGCCUCGUGAUACCCAAGGUGGCCUUUUGUGUGUUUUCAGAUGCCUCCUUUUCGACAUCACGUGAGAUGUCAUCUAGGUUUGUAGACAUUGCCUCCUUGGGCCUCCUCAGACAGCGGGGCAAGUGGUUCCCUGAGGAUGGGCUGGGCCAUGGCCCGCAGGAAGGCUGCGGAACUGAUCGGGGUAUCGGGGUCUUGGACCCGGCGUCGAUCAGGACGCACCAACCAGACGUGUCAAAAGGUCAGGUAUCUCCAUUGCUGAAAAAGCAAGGUGGACGCCUUGCUGCCCAACUGCCAGAAGCACCGUAGCUGAAAGUGGUACUCUGGCUUGGCGUGCGCGGCACAGCCCGGAAGUCCAACAACGUUCGGACGAAGCAACACGAAAGGUGGUUAAUUCAAGCGCAAAAAGUGAAUGAAGUCCCAAAA